AUCCAAACCAUUUAGAGGAUACGACAUUCAAUGAGGACACAGUUACACUGUCACUUUCACAUCAAAUAUCCUAAAUUUCCCCUCAAAUUCCACACUCACAACAAAUGAGCGCUCAAUCCCCGCAGGUGCGGCAACCACCGGCCACUCCCACCUACAUUUUACGCGGCCAUGCCGCUGCCAUACAUGCGCUACAGAUCUUCCACCAGAACUUGAGACUUGUCUCAGGUGACGCAGAUGGCUGGAUCGUCGUAUGGGACCUAGUUUUUAAGCGUCCUCUAGCCGUAUGGAAGGCCCACGAUGGCGCUGUUCUCGAGGUCAAGGGAUUCAGCUUCCGAAAUGGUGCUGUUACGGAGGUGUUCACACAUGGACGAGACCACAAGCUACGCGCCUGGAGAUUUAGUAUUCAAGAUGAGGAGAUUCUUCAGAAAACUCUCCCCGUGGAUUAUACCCCAACCUCAUCAGCUGCCCCCCAGCCAUGGCUGGUGCAUUCGCUUCCAGUAAAUGCGCUGAAUUUCUGCGCAUUCUCGAUGGUCUUUCUUCCCCCGAGUAAAUCAGAUACCGAAAGUGGCACGCCAGAAGCACCGAGCGAGAGUAAAUCGCUCUCAUCUGCGCUCAUCGCCGUCCCUAAUGCCUUGGACUCGGGCGCAAUUGAUCUCUUUCAUCUCCCGCAGGAAAGACGUAUUUGCACCAUCCCUGCAGAUAUGGAAACGAAAACUGGGAUGGUCAUGGCAGCUAACUUGGUCCUGUCUGCAUCCGGGGAGUUAUACGUUGCUUCUGCCUACGAGGAUGGUCACGUCAUGGUUCUGGGUUGUCGUGGGCCGUUGUAUGAGAAGGAUCUAGCGAAAAAUGCUAAAACGUCUUGGAAGUGGGAGAAGUUAUACGUCUGUCGGGCUCACUCACAGCCGGCACUGUCGAUCCAUGUCUCGCCGGCUGGUGAUUACUUCUUUUCUUCAUCGGCUGAUGCGGUACUGGCGAAGCAUCCGAUUCCGGUGUUGGGUGCCGCAGGGUAUCGUGAAGAAACGCCAAUCAAGUCGAUCAAUACAAAGCAUGCCGGUCAGCAGGGGGUGCGGAUACGGUCUGAUGGGAAGAUUUUUGCGACUGCUGGGUGGGAUUCCAGGGUCAGGGUUUACUCGUGCAAAACGAUGAAAGAGCUUGCUGUCUUGAAGUGGCAUAAAGAUGGUUGCUAUGCUGUGGGGUUUGCGGAUGUUGCUGGUCUCGAGUCGGAAGCAUCGACUGGUGAGACAACUACGCCGCAGGGUGGCGAUGAUAAGGUGGACACGCAGCUUACUACACGUGCGGAGUUCUCGCUCGCUACAGUGCAUCGCCAAAGGAAUCAAAAAGUGCAGAACACCCAUUGGUUAGCGGCUGGGUCAAAGGACGGGAAAAUCUCAUUGUGGGAUAUCUAUUGAUUUGUCGUCAAUUACUA